AUGUCUCGCUUUGUGGCCCUCCUGCUCAGCGCCGCCGUCGUGCGGAGUGUGGCCUUUGUCGCCCCGAAUGCGCCCAACACCGCCGUGCACCUGAGCGGCGCAUCGCAGAUGCGGGCGGAGAUGCCCCGCGCAGAGGCAGAGGCUGAGGCCACGUCUCCUGUGGGUGCUGUGAUGCUGGCUUCUCUGGUUGGAUUGAUGGUCGGUCUGGCGAGCCCCCAGAUGGCCAUGGCUGAGGAUGCCCCUGCGGCCCCAGCGCCAGUGGACAAGAAGGCCAAGAUGAAGGACGAGAUGGCCAAGGCCCAGGCAGCACUGCAGGCGAACGCCAAGAGCAAGCAAGACCGCCUGAAGGAGCAGAUUCAGCAGUUGAAGGAUCUUGAGAAGACGGCUGAUCUGACCUAUGCCACAAAGUGA